GUGCUAUUUUUAGUUGUUUACAUAUCAGCUAUUUCAUUGUCCUGAUCAGGAAAUUUAAAGGCAUUAAUACUUUCAUAUUUCCACUAAAGGAUAUAAUUGUAGUCGUUUGUGAAGGAUAAUUGUGGUCGUUGGUGAAAUCUUAUGGUGGACUGACUACAAGGCAACAUUUACACAGCUGCUAGUUAAAACAUGUAUAUACGAAUUGGGUUUUACGUAACUUCUUUUUUACUGUUCGUUUGCAUUGCUUAUACAUCAUGUACAAGAUAUGAACCGAACUGGGAGUCGAUAGACUCACGACCACUACCGGGCUGGUUCGAUGAUUCCAAGAUUGGUAUUCUAAUUCAUUAUGGUGUGUUUUCAGUUCCUUCGAUCUUAUCUGAAUGGUUCGUGGAGCAGUGGUUAGGAUGGAAAAGUCCUAUUCUAGUAAAAUUCAUGAAACAGAAUUAUCGACCCGAUUUUACUUACGCAGAUUUUGCAUCACAAUUAACAGCAGAGUUUUUCGAUGCAAAAGAAUGGGCUAAUUUGUUGAAACUUUCUGGAGCUAAGUAUGUAGUAUUAACGGCCAAACAUCAUGAAGGUUAUACCAUGUGGCCUUCCAAUUAUUCCUGGAAUUGGAACAGUAUGGAUGUCGGCCCCAAAAGAGAUAUUGUUGGUGAGCUUGCAGACGCCAUUAGGGAGAAUACAGACAUCCAUUUUGGACUCUACCAUUCCUUAUUUGAGUGGUUUAAUCGACUUUAUUUGCAAGAUAAGGCAAAUGAUUUCAAAACACAAAAUUUUGUUGCUGCUAAAACAAUGCCAGAACUGUAUGAGAUCGUCAAUAAGUACAAACCGGAAAUAAUAUGGUCAGAUGGUGAUUGGGUUGCUAAUGACACGUACUGGAACUCAACAAACUUUCUUGCUUGGCUCUAUAAUGACAGUCCAGUUAAAGACUAUGUUGUCACCAAUGAUAGAUGGGGUUUCAAUGACAAAUGUAAACAUGGAGGGUUUGUUAAUUGUGGAGACAAAUUUAAUCCAAAGGUACUACAUGAGAGAAAAUGGGAGAAUGUGAUGACAAUAGAUAAACAUUCUGCUGGAUACAGAAGGAAUUCUAAACUUGCGGACUAUUUUACUAUAAAUGAGCUUUUGACACAGGUCGCUCAAACAGUCAGUUGUAAUGGAAAUAUAUUGAUUAAUAUCGGAAUAACCAAAGAAGGGACAAUCUCUCCAUUAUAUCAGGACUAUUUGUUAAAACUCGGUGGAUGGCUUGAAGUCAACGGAGAAGCCAUUUAUGGUUCUAGACCCUGGCUAUAUCAAAAUGACACUGUGAAUAAAGACGUUUGGUACACGUCCAAAAAGAUCGGAUCAGAUGUUUUCGUGUAUGCAAUCAUGCUAUCCUGGCCGAAAUACAACAACACGUUAGUCCUUGGAUCCAAAAUUCAGACCUCAACUACAACUGUUAUCAACAUGUUAGGUUAUGAUGCCAAUUUUUCCUGGAGACCAAACGAAUAUGGAGGAAUUAAUGUUACUAUACCAGCAAUACCUAUUAAUAUGUUACCGAAUCGAGAUGCAUGGGUACUCAGGAUAUCUGGACUGCAAAAACAAUUCUAAAUUUAAUUUCUUUAAAUUUGAAUAACAUGUUUUCAAUGUUUUGUCCAGUUAAACAUCCUCAGUUUUGUAUAACUUUUUUUCCAAGUCUUUGUUAUUGUUUUUAAAAUACAGUCUUCAUCAUGUUGUCCUUUAUGCUACAUGUACCUACUUAAAUCUUUUUUUCUCUAAUUUGAAUAGAUGGUAUAUUAAAAAAAUAAUCAUAACCUGUUUAUUAAAGAUUUAUUAUUAUAAU